AUGCCGUCCGCGGCGUCGGGAAGGGGUGGGGGGACGUCGACGCUCUUCGCGUGGGGAUGCGGGGAGGAUGGACAGUUGGGCGCGGCGGAGGCGCCGACGCCGGGGGCGACGGAGACGAACGAUUGGUGCGUCGAGGCGCCGAGAGCGGUCGAGUUGGGCGAGAGCGCGAGUGGGGUGAUCGUGAGCGCGUGCGCGGGAUCGAGGAACUCGGUGUGCGUGACGACGAGGGAUGAUUCGUCGUCUUGCGAGGCGUACGCGUGGGGAUGGAACUCGCAUCGCGCGCUCGGAUUUUCGUACGAGGAGUGCGAUGAGUUACACGUGAAGACGCCGAAGAGGCACUCAUCGAUGAAAACUGAAGAUGGGGAACGAAUUAACGUGGUGGCGAUCGCGAGCGGGGGUUGGCACGCGGUGUGCGUCGAUUCCGAUGGGGUGGCGUACGGUUACGGCGGGAACGAGUACGCGCAAGCCGGGCCGCCGGAUGCGAACGCCGAGCAUCGGAAUACAUCGAUUCCGGAUAGAGAUUGGGCGCCAAUUCGCGCGUUGUUGUGGCCGCCUCGAAAGGUCUCGCUCCCGGCGCCCGUGGCUCAGGUUUCGUGCGGCGGCAUGAGCUCGUUCGCGCUCCUCGUACGAAAAUCCGAGCGCGCGAUUUCCUCGAUCCCGCGCACGCGCUCACGAUCACCCCACUCGCGCUCUCGCCCAACUCGACCGCUCUCGGCGCCUCGACGCACCAAUCGUUCGUCUCCGUCGCCCCCUUCAAUCCACAUCCCGGACGCGUGGCAAACGUGCAAGCGUCCGGGAUGUGGAUUGAAGUUCCGCGAACGGGACAACGCCGGCGACGCGUGCGUUUUCACUCCGGCGCGCCGAUUUUCCACGAGACCAAGAAAGGGUGGUCGUGCUGCACCGCUGACAAGUUGGUGUACGAUUUUGACGAUUUUUUGA